UGGUUUGAAUCAAUUAUGCUUCGAAAGAAAUCAUUGACAAUCACCCCACCCACACGGAGGACAGUGUCAGCUCGUGAAAGGAAGCAGAAAUCACAGAGCAGCUAUCUGCAGUUGAUGAAUAAUAUAGCUGCUGACUUGGGUGUUAUGCUCGACGACCUUUGCCCUGGCCAUAACGAAGAGUCUGAAAAACUAAACAUUUUAGUACCAUCCGGUUUCCAAGCUUCUAACAAUGAAAACCAUUUUAAUGAUAGAAGCUUUUUCGGAGAGCCUGCAAGGAAUAAGUCCUUAAAUGAAUUGCAAGCGGAAAGAAGACAGUUGGAUAAGGAAGUGCCAAGUCUACCCUUCAACCAGAUGUCUCUGACCCCAAGCCCAGCUCAGGUCACCAAUACUCCCGCGCCAAGUAUUCCAUCUGAUUUUACUUCUUGUGACCCAACUGCUGAAAUGGCAAGCCCUCUGUGGGAUUCUUCAUUUGGCCAAACAGCACCGGAAGCAGGUUUCACAUUGAAGGAAAGGCUAGAUCAUACUUUGCAAAUUUGGUACCAGCCAGAGAUCGGCAAGAAUGUAGCUGUAAGGGCUUUACAAACAGCACCAUUGGGGAGUUUCUUGUAUGGAGGAUCCAGAAACAAAGACCAUCUAUCAUUGAGAGUGAAACAGAAGUCUGACACUGGCAACUACAUUGAGACUUAUCCUGUCAAACAGUUUGCUGAUAAUAGUGUAGAGUUGUUGAAAUCUGGACAGGUAUUCAAAUCUGUGACACACCUGGUGUUGCAUCAUAUGGAAACUAAAGGUAGUUUACCUGAGUUGCUGCGUUUACCGUCCCAGGUAAUGGCAGCAAACAGUUUGCAGGAACUUCAACACUUAAACCGCCAGGCUACAAGAAGUGGUGAUUCUGAUGAUCUGUUAUAUUCACUUAUUUGA